AUGGGGCUAAGAUUUGCCAGCCUUUUUGCACUGUGGCUGGCUCUUUCCUGUGCGAACGAAAUUAAAAAAGGCAGAACUCAAAACCAUGGCCAUUAUGUCUGCAGUACCUGGGGGAACAAUCAUUUCAAAACUUUUGAUGGAGACUUCUACCAGUUCCCUGGCCUCUGUGAUUACAACUUUGCUUCAGACUGCCGAGAGUCUUACCAGGAGUUCUCAGUCCAUGUCCAGCGUGCUGUGAAUGAAAAUGGACAUCCUGAAAUGCAAUAUGUCCUGAUCACCAUAAAGGAUGUUGUAAUCUACCUCACCCAAAAUACGGUUGUGGUGGAUAAGGAAAUUGUAACAACACCAUACUAUAGUUCUGGUUUGCUGAUUGAGAACAGUGAAAUCUACACUAAAAUCUAUGCAAGAGUGGGCCUUGUUCUAAUGUGGAACCGUGAAGAUUCACUGAUGUUGGAGCUGGAUGCCAAGUUUAACAACAAUACGUGUGGUCUUUGUGGGGAUUACAAUGGACAGCAGCUCUACAAUGAAUUUCUCUCUAAUGACAUGAUCUUCAAUCCCAUCACAUUUGGAAAUAUGCAAAAGAUAAACAAACCCAACACAGUAUGUGAGGACCCUGAUGAAACACAGACUGUCUCAACCUGUAAUCAGCAUCGUGAUGAGUGUCUGAGUCUGCUGACUUCUUCAGUAUUCGCUGACUGUGAGUUCCGUCUGAACCUGGAGAAGUAUGUUCAAGCCUGUAUGCAGGAUAAGUGUGCCUGCCAGGGAGCCAAGGAUUCCUUCUGUCUCUGUAGCACCAUCUCUGAGUACUCUCGCCAAUGUUCCCAUGCUGGUGGCCGGCCUAGAAGCUGGAGGACAGAAGAAUUUUGCCCUAAGAGGUGCCCUGGAAACAUGAUCUACCAGGAAAGCAGCUCACCAUGCAUAAGCACUUGUUCCCAUUUGGAGAUCAGCAGCCUUUGUGAGGAGCACUUCAUGGAUGGCUGCUUCUGCCCUGAAGGAACUGUGUAUGAUGACAUCAAUGGGAAAGGCUGUGUGUCUAUUAACCAAUGUCACUGCAAACAGCAUGGAUCUCUGUAUUCACCUGGGCAAAAUAUCACCAAUGAGUGUGAAAAAUGCACCUGUGAUUCAGGCAGGUGGGUGUGCAAGCAGUUACCCUGUCCAGGCUCAUGCUUAGUGGAAGGAGGUGCUCACAUCACCACCUUUGAUGGGAAGAAAUACACCUUCCACGGAGACUGUUACUAUGUGUUGUCCAAGGGAGGUAUAAAUGACAUUCAUGCCCUCCUGGCAGAGCUGUCUCCCUGUGGCUCCACAGACAAACAGACCUGUCUGAAGACUGUUGUGCUGUUAAUAGACAACAAGAAAAAUAUCUUGGUUUUCAGAUCAGAUGGCACUGUGCUGCUGAAUGAACUGGAAGUGCACUUGCCCCAUGUUACAGCAAGCUUCUCAAUUUUCCAGCCAACUUCAUACCAUCUCAUUGUGCAUACCUAUUUUGGUCUCAAGCUACAAAUCCAGUUGGUUCCAAUCAUGCAGCUGUUUGUGAUUGUGGAUCAAUCUGCCCAAGGAAAACUGCAAGGUCUUUGUGGGAAUUUCAAUGGCAUAGAAUAUGAUGAUUUUAAAACAGCUGGUGGGCUGGUAGAAGCUACAGGAUCUGCCUUUGCUAACACUUGGAAAGCACAAGCCACUUGUAAAGACCAAGUGGAUCAUUUGGAAGACCCUUGUGCUCUCAGCUUUGAAAGCGAAAAUUAUGCUGAAUAUUGGUGUUCCUUACUGAAAAAUUCAGAAUCUCCUUUUGCCAGAUGUCACUCAGUCAUUGAUCCUGUGGAAUAUUAUAAGAGAUGUAAAUAUGACACCUGCAGCUGUAAGAACAGUGAAGAAUGCUUGUGUGGAGCCCUAUCCUCUUAUGCAAGGGCCUGUGCCUUCAAAGGAAUCAUGCUUGGGGGCUGGAGACAAACCGUCUGCAACAAAGAAGUGUCCUCUUGCCCAGCAUCCCAGGUCUUUCGUUACAAUCUGACCACAUGUCAACAUACCUGUCGCUCCCUUGCUGAUGGCGAAAAGCACUGCUUGGAGGGCUUCAUUCCCAUUGAUGGCUGUGGCUGCCCUGAUAACACCUAUAUGAAUGAGAAGGGUAACUGUGUGCCCAUCUCCCAGUGUACAUGCUACUAUAAAGGGUCAUACCUGGAACCUGGGGAUGUCAUCGUGAAACAAGAAGAACGCUGUGUUUGCCGAAAUGCAGUUCUCCAUUGCACUCAAGUGAAGAUAAGGUAUCUUUGUUUUACAGAGUGUCUAUCCCCCAAAAUUCACUUUGAUUGCAGCAGUGUCAAGUCUUGGUCUUCACAAACCCCUCUGCAGCUAAGCUGUCAUACACUGGAUACUGACUAUUUCCAGACAGAGUGUGUCUCAGGAUGCAUGUGUCCUCAUGGACUGAUUGAUGAUGGCAGAGGGGGCUGUGUCAAGGAGAAGGACUGUCCAUGUAUUCAUAACAAGGUGUUUUAUUCUCCUGGACAGGACGUAAAAGUGGACUGCAACAAAUGUACCUGCCAAAAAGGAAGAUGGACUUGCACCAAUCAUGUGUGCUAUGGGACUUGUACUGUAUAUGGAAGUGGCCAUUAUAUCAGCUUUGAUGGAAAAUACUAUGACUUUGAUGGACACUGUGAAUAUGUGGCUGCCCAGGAUUAUUGUGGCGAGGAUCACAGUGGUUCGUUUAGUAUCGUCACAGUGAAUGUUCCAUGUGGAACCACCGGAGUCACCUGCUCAAAGGCUAUUAAAGUAUUUCUAGGGAGAACCGAAUUGAAGUUGGAGGAGAAGCAGUAUGUAGAAAUUCAGCGAGAUGUUGGCGAUCAUGUACGGUAUUGGAAUCGUACAGUGGGGCUGUAUCUUGUUAUUGAGGCCAGCAAUGGCGUGAUGCUCAUCUGGGAUAAGAAGACUACUAUUUUCAUAAAGCUGACUCCUAAUUAUAAGGGCAAAAUCUGUGGUUUAUGUGGCAACUUUGAUGACAAGUCCAACAAUGACUUCACAACAAGGAGCAGGCUGCUGGUGACCAAAGCUCUGGAGUUUGGUAAUUCUUGGAAACUGUCUGGCUCCUGCCCUGAUGUGGUGGAAGAGAUCCUGCCCUGCAAUCUGAAACCUCACCGCAAGUCCUGGGCAGAGAAGGAGUGCAGUAUCAUCCGGAGCAAUGUCUUUAAAGUUUGUCAUGACAAGGUGGACCCAGCUCCAUUCUAUGACAAUUGUAUUCAUGAUGCCUGCUCCUGCGACACUGGUGGAGACUGUGAGUGCUUCUGUUCUGCAGUUGCUGCUUAUGCCCAAGAGUGCAUUAAGGCUGAAGCUUGUGUCUUCUGGAGAACUCCUGAUAUAUGCCCAAUAUUUUGUGAUUACUACAACCCUCGUAAUGAGUGCGAAUGGCACUACGAGCCUUGUGGCCGUCAAAUUCUGACCUGCAGGAUCAUUAACAAUGUCACUUCCAACUUCUCAUUGCCAUAUCUGGAAGGUUGCUACCCCAGAUGCCCUGAAGAAAAGCCCAUUUUUGAUGAAGACCUCAGAAAAUGUGUAACUGAAGUUCAAUGUGGCUGUUAUAUUGAAAAUGACAUUCGUUAUGAAAAUGGCACACAAAUACCCACAGAAGACCCUUGUCUGAAAUGGACAUUGUGUAUAGUCAUUUUCAAUUAUUCACUAAAGUCAGUUGUACCUGUUGUUCAUAAGAAAAACUUCACAGAGAAGCUCUUUCUUGCAGGCUGUCCUUCAACAACCAUUCCAUCCUCUACUACCAAAUCCAUAACCACCACCACCACUGAGCCUCCAACCACCACGCCAACAACCACUACAAUUACCACUGUGCCAACAUCAACUACUUCAGCAGGGACCACAACAGAAUCAACUGUAUAUUGUUGUUGGUCUGACUGGAUUGAUGUGAGUUACCCAAAAUAUGGCCCAGAUGGUGGUGAUUAUGAAACCUAUGACAAAAUCAGAGAAUGGAACUCCUCAGCGAUAUGUGAGAAGCCACUAGAUGUUUCAUGCAGAGCUCAGAAAUUGCCUGACUACCCUAUUGAAGGUUUAGGACAAAAAGUGAAAUGUGAUGUUUCCACUGGGCUUAUUUGUAAUAAUAGAGACCAAAUCCCAGGGGACAUGAUGCCGAUACCUAUGUGCCUCAAUUAUGAGAUCAGGGUUUACUGCUGCGGGCAAAAAUGCAUCAACACUACCACAACUACAACCGUCACUCCAACGACCACUGAGUCCCCAACCCCCACAACUACCACCAAGCCCCCAACACCCACUCCAACGCCCACACAAACAACCACUCCCACCAGCACCUCUGAGCCUCCAACCACCACACCAACAAUCACGACAACUACAACCACUGAGUCUCCAACUCCCACAACCACAACUACUACCGAGUCCCCAACCCCCACACCCACCACAACUACCACCAAGCCCCCAACCCCCACUCCAACCCCCACACAAACAACCACUCCCACCACCACCACUGAGCCUCCAACCACCACACCAACAACCACGACAACUACAACCACUGAGUCUCCAACUCCCACAACCACAUACUACCGAGUCCCCAACCCCCCACCCACCACAACUACCACCAAGCCCCCAACCCCCACUCCAACCCCCACACAAACAACCACUCCCACCACCACCACUGAGCCUCCAACCACCACGCCAACAACCACUACAAUUACCACUGUGCCAACAUCAACUACUUCAGCAGGGACCACAACAGAAUCAACUGUAUAUUGUUGUUGGUCUGACUGGAUUGAUGUGAGUUACCCAAAAUAUGGCCCAGAUGGUGGUGAUUAUGAAACCUAUGACAAAAUCAGAGAAUGGAACUCCUCAGCGAUAUGUGAGAAGCCACUAGAUGUUUCAUGCAGAGCUCAGAAAUUGCCUGACUACCCUAUUGAAGGUUUAGGACAAAAAGUGAAAUGUGAUGUUUCCACUGGGCUUAUUUGUAAUAAUAGAGACCAAAUCCCAGGGGACAUGAUGCCGAUACCUAUGUGCCUCAAUUAUGAGAUCAGGGUUUACUGCUGCGGGCAAAAAUGCAUCAACACUACCACAACUACAACCGUCACUCCAACGACCACUGAGUCCCCAACCCCCACAACUACCACCAAGCCCCCAACACCCACUCCAACGCCCACACAAACAACCACUCCCACCAGCACCUCUGAGCCUCCAACCACCACACCAACAAUCACGACAACUACAACCACUGAGUCUCCAACUCCCACAACCACAACUACUACCGAGUCCCCAACCCCCACACCCACCACAACUACCACCAAGCCCCCAACCCCCACUCCAACCCCCACACAAACAACCACUCCCACCACCACCACUGAGCCUCCAACCACCACACCAACAACCACGACAACUACAACCACUGAGUCUCCAACUCCCACAACCACAACUACUACCGAGUCCCCAACCCCCACACUCACCACAACUACCACCAAGCCCCCAACCCCCACUCCAACCCCCACACAAACAACCACUCCCACCACCACCACUGAGCCUCCAACCACCACGCCAACAACCACUACAAUUACCACUGUGCCAACAUCAACUACUUCAGCAGGGACCACAACAGAAUCAACUGUAUAUUGUUGUUGGUCUGACUGGAUUGAUGUGAGUUACCCAAAAUAUGGCCCAGAUGGUGGUGAUUAUGAAACCUAUGACAAAAUCAGAGAAUGGAACUCCUCAGCGAUAUGUGAGAAGCCACUAGAUGUUUCAUGCAGAGCUCAGAAAUUGCCUGACUACCCUAUUGAAGGUUUAGGACAAAAAGUGAAAUGUGAUGUUUCCACUGGGCUUAUCUGUAAUAAUAGAGACCAAAUCCCAGGGGACAUGAUGCCGAUACCUAUGUGCCUCAAUUAUGAGAUCAGGGUUUACUGCUGCGGGCAAAAAUGCAUCAACACUACCACAACUACAACCGUCACUCCAACGACCACUGAGUCCCCAACCCCCACAACUACCACCAAGCCCCCAACCCCCACUCCAACCCCCACACAAACAACCACUCCCACCAGCUCCACUGAGCCUCCAACCACCACACCAACAACCACGACAACUACAACCACUGAGUCUCCAACUCCCACAACCACAACUACUACCGAAUCCCCAACCCCCACACCCACCACAACUACCACCAAGCCCCCAACCCCCACACAAACAACCACUCCCACCACCACCACUGAGCCUCCAACCACCACACCAAUAACCACGACAACUACAACCACUGAGACUCCAACUCCCACAACCACAACUACUACCGAGUCCCCAACCCCCACACCCACCACAACUACCACCAAGCCCCCAACCCCCACUCCAACCCCCACAGAAACAACCACUCCCACCACUACCACUGAGCCUCCAACCAGCACACCAACAACCACGACAACUACAACCACUGAGUCUCCAACUCCCACAACUUCACCAGAGACCCCUACCAUCACCACCACAGCAACAACUACCCCAGAGACACCUACCACCACCACCACAGCAACGACUACCCCAGAGACACCUACCACCACCAGCACAGCAACAACUACUCCAGAGACACCUACCCCUACCACCACCAUCACCACCACCACCACAGCAACGACUACCCCAGAGACACCUACCACCACCACCUCAGCAACGACUACCCUGAAGACACCUACCACCCCAGGAACAACUACCCCAGAGACACCUACCACCACCACCACAGCAACGACUACCCCAGAGACACCUACCACCUCUACCACAGCAACAACUACCCCAGAGACACCUACCACCACCAGCACAGCAACUACUCCAGAGACACCUACCCCUACCACCACCAUCACCACCACCACCACAGCAACAACUACCCCAGAGACACCUACCACCCCAGGAACCACUACUCCAGAGACAUCUACCACCACUAGCACAGCAACAACUACGCCAGAGACACCGACCACCACCACUACAGCAACGACUACCCCAGAGACACCUAUCACCACCCCCACUGCAGCGACCACCCCAGAGACACCUACCACACCCACAGCAACAACUACCCCAGAGACACCUAUCACCACCACCACAGCAACGACCACCCCAGAGACAUCUACCACCACCACCACCUCAGCAACAACUACCCCAGAGACACCUACCACCACCAGUACAGCAACAACUACUCCAGAGACACCUACCCCUACCACCACCAUCACCACCACCACCACAGCAACAACUACCCCAGAGACACCUACCACCACCUCCACCACAGCAACAACUACCCCAGAGACACCUACCACCACCUCCACCACAGCAACGACUACCCCAGAGACACCUACCACCACCUCCACCACAGCAACGACUACCCCAGAGAUACCUACCACCACCUCACCAACGACUACCCCAGAGACACCUACCACCACCAGCACAGCAACAACUACUCCAGAGACACCUACCCCUAUCACCACCACCACCACAGCAACAACUACCCCAGAGACACCUACCACCCCAGGAACGACUACCCCAGAGACACCUACCACCACCACCACCUCACCAACGACUACCCCAGAGACACCUACCACCACCAGCACAGCAACAACUACUCCAGAGACACCUACCCCUACCACCACCAUCACCACCACCACAGCAACAACUACCCCAGAGACACCUACCACCCCAGGAACGACUACCCCAGAGACACCUACCACCACCACCACAGCAACGACUACCCCAGAGACACCUACCACCACCACCACCACAGCAACAACUACCUCAGAGACACCUACCACGACAUCAGCGACUACCCCAGAGACACCUACCAUGACAUCAGCGACUACUCCAGAGACAACUUCAACCCCAGCCAUACCCCCAUGUACUUUACCUAAUAAUAAUACUACUAUUCAACCAGGUGAAAGCUACUGGCCAUGUAACUGCACCAAGGCAAUAUGCAUUUCCAACAGCACAUGGGAGCUGGUUUCAACUGUAUGUGAACUUCCUCCUAAGCCCAGUUGUACCAAUGGGCUCGCUCCAGUGCUGGUGCAGGGUGAAUGCUGUUGGCACUGGGAGUGUGACUGCUAUUGCACUGGCUGGGGAGACCCACAUUAUGUGACGUUUGAUGGACACUACUAUAGCUACCAAGGGAAUUGUACAUAUGUCCUGGUGGAAGAGAUUAACAAAAAGAUUGACAACUUUGGGGUCUACAUUGACAACUAUCACUGCAUUGCACAGGACAGAGUGUCCUGUCCACGCACACUCAUCGUAAAACACGAGACCCAGGAAGUGCACAUAAGGACUCUCACAAUGAUUCCUCUCAAAAUAAAGGUGAUGGUAAACAAUCAGGAAGUGUCUACACCUUACAGUAAAUACGGCGUGAGAGUCUUUAAGUCAGGCAUAAAUCACGUAGUGGAAAUUUCUAGACUUGGGGUAAACGUAACCUACAAUGGAUUGGCUUUCUCAAUUAGAUUGCCCUACCAGAGGUUUGGCAACAACACCCAAGGACAGUGCGGAACUUGUACCAACAACACAGCAGAUGACUGCAUGUUACCAGGUGGAAAGAUCAUAGGUAAUUGUGAAACCAUGGCAGAUCAUUGGGUGAUUGAUGACCCCGAAAAGCCACACUGCUCUCCAUCCCUAACUACUACAGAGGCACCUCCUAUCACCCCACCAUCCUGCAAACCAUCUGAUCUCUGCAAGCUCAUUAAAGAAGGCCCAUUCAAAGCAUGCCAUCCCUUUGUCAACCCUGACCACUUCUAUGCAGCCUGCAUUUUCGACAACUGCGCUCUUCCCAACUCUAAAUUGGAGUGUGCAAGUUUGCAAAGCUACGCUGCCGUCUGCGCAGACCAGGGUGUCUGUGUUGAUUGGAGAGGACAUACCCGUGAUACCUGCCCUCUUAAGUGCCCAUCACACAAAAUAUACAAAGCAUGUGGUCCUAUUGAAGAGGUGACCUGUAAGUCAAGCCAAGUUGCACAAAACCAAACCAGUCAUGUGGAAGGCUGCUUCUGUCCUGAUGGAACAAUGCCUUAUGGUGAUGGUGUGGAUGUCUGUGUAAAAACCUGUGGGUGUGUUGGACCAGAUAAUAAACCAAGAAAGUUUGGGGAAAUGUUUGAGUUUGACUGUAAGAGAUGCAUUUGCCUGGAGGGUGGAAGUGGCAUUAUCUGUGAGCCCCUCAAAUGUUCAGAAGAAGAGGAUAAACCAAGCUGCAGUGAUGAAGGCUUUUACGAGGUCACUGAAGUCAAUCCUGCCAACAUCUGCUGCAGCAUAACUUCCUGCAGAUGCAAUGUGACCUUUUGCACAACCAUUCCUCCUAAAUGUAAACUGGGUUACGAACUUGUUUCCGAUAUUCCCGCUGGCAAGUGCUGUCCUACGUAUGAGUGCGUUCCCAAGAAGGUUUGUGUGCUUCAGAAUGCUGAGUACUUGCCUGGUUCCCCAGUCUUUGCUGAUAAGUGCCACAAUUGUGUCUGCACUGACAAAUUGAACAGUAGUGGUCUGAAUGUCAUCUCAUGCAAGCACAUUCCAUGCAUUAAAGUAUGCCAGCCAGGAUAUGAACUUAAAGAUGUGAAAGGGGAAUGCUGUCCAAAAUGCGUGCAGACCAAGUGUGUUGUAAAUAAGAAUGACAACACUGUCCUCAUCUUGAAUCCUGGUAAAAUGGAAAACGAUCCAAAAAACAACUGCACCGUUUAUAGCUGUGUGUCAAUCAAAGGUCAGCUCAUCUCCUCCACCUCAGAGAUUACCUGCCCAUCGUUCAAUGAGGAGAAUUGUAAAGCUGGCACUGUUACACUGCUGCCUAAUGGUUGCUGUAAAACAUGCAUACCUCGAGACAGCCCAUCACCGUGUUCUGUCACCCAAAUCGUGGACCAUAUCACCCAUAAGGGCUGCCGUUCUGUGGACAAAGUCUAUCUGACUCAAUGUGAAGGAUCAUGUGGAACCUUCUCAAUAUACUCUGCUGAGGCCAACUCCAUGGAGCACAAGUGUACCUGCUGUAGGGAGGCAGCGACUAGCAAGAGGCAAGUUCUUCUGCAAUGCCCCAAUGGGAAAUCUGUGAUGCACAGCUACCUGCACGUGGACCGUUGUGAAUGUCUUGGCACUAAGUGCACAGAAUUCAACUCCUCAGAAAAUUCCAAGAGCAACGAACAGUCCAAGGAAAGUGAAGAACAGAGUACCAUCCAACGUGUCAAGCGGGCCAUUCAGAAAAUAUUGAAAUGAAGAGGAGAAAAGUAAUGGCACACAGAAAAAAGUACUAGGAGGGUCUUUGCACCAGUCCCAUUUUCCAAGAAAUAAAUAAAUCAAUGCUUUGCCGUUUCUCACUUCCUCCUCUUCUGUGCCCUCUCUGACCAUUUGUAACUGUGCUCUAUUUAUUUGUGUACAAAAGAGAGA